AUGGAUUGGAAAAGACGUCUAGCAUUGCUCCUAUUACUACGUCACCGCCGAAAUCGACGCAAGAUCACAAGACGAAUGAGUGUAUCCAGCUUCGAAUGUUUAUUGAAGUCCUUAGAACCACACAUACGAAAAAACUAUACUAAUAUGAGGAACCCAGUGGAACCAAUAGAAAUGCUGGGAAUUACUUUAAGAUACCUAGGAAGUGGAAAUUCAAUAACGGAUUUACAUUUCAAAUGCAAACGGGGAAAAUCUACUAUUGCGUAUAUGAUACAUAGAGUUUGUCGUGCUAUAUGGACAAAUCUUCUUCGAGACAACAUCCCAGAACUGACAGUUGAAAGAUUCUAA